AUGUCUCCACUUCUGAGAAGCAUUGUUGAUAUCACUGAAGUUUUCAACCAGUAUGCCUCACAUAACUGUGACGGAGCAUCACUGAGCAAGAAAGACCUGAAGAACCUCCUGGAAAGGGAGCUUGGGACCGUCCUUCAGAGACCACAUGACCCUGAGACCAUAGAUCUGACCCUGGAACUCCUGGACCGAGAUGCCAACGAGCACGUCGAUUUCAACGAAUUCCUCCUGCUCAUUUUCAAGACGGCCCAGGCUUGUUACUACGCCCUGGACCAGGCGGCGGGGCUGGAUGAGGAGAAGCGGGCCCUGGAUGCGGGCAAGAGGAACCGGUUUCAGGACCGCGGACAAGAAGACCUGAGGAGAUUCGAACCCCGCGACAGACCACUGGACGAGGAAGCCGGGCGCCGAGACUGGCAGAAGAGACGCGAGCAGGAGGGCUGGGAGCGCGCCGAGCGAGAGCAGAGCGAUGCGCGGCGGCGCGAGCGGCGGUGGCGCGAACUCCAGGAGCCCGAAGAGCGGCCGAGCCGGCGCCAGGCCCGCCACGCCGAGGAGUUUGCGGCCGACCGGGAGCCGAGGAGGCGCGAGCAGCAGCGCAGGCGCGAACAGGUGGAGGAGAGGCUCGAACAGGAGGAGAGGCGCGAGCAGCAGCUGAGGCGCGAGCGCGAGGAGAGGCUCGAACAGGAGGAGCGGCGCGAGCAGCAGCGCAGGCGCGAGGAGAGGAUCGAACAGGAGGAGCGGCGCGAGCAGCAGCGCAGGCGCGAGGAGAGGAUCGAACAGGAGGAGAGGCGCGAGCAGCAGCGCAGGCGCGAACAGGUGGAGGAGAGGCUCGAACAGGAGGAGCGGCGCGAGCAGCAGCGCAGGCGCGAACAGGUGGAGGAGAGGCUCGAACAGGAGGAGAAGCGCGAGCGGCAGCGCAGGCGCGAGCAGGAGGCCCAGGUCCGGGAGGCGGCCGAGGACCGCGCCCGCGGGUGGCAGUGGCAGCUGGAACGCGAAGCGGACGCGCGUCAGAACAAAGUUUACUCGCGGCCUCGCCGGCAGGAGCCGCAGCAGCAGCAGCAGCGGCGGGAGGAGGAGCAGCGGCGGCGCUUCGGCGAGGAGGACCUCCAGCGCCCGGCGCUCCCGGAGAGCAUCCCCGAGGAGCGCCGCGACGGCGAGUGGAGGUGGCACGUGGAGGACGCGCAGUUCGGGCGGGAGGAGCGGCGCCCCGAGCGGCGCUGGCGCUGGCAACCCGAGAAGGAGCGCGAGGCCCGUCGCAGCCAGGUCUUCUCCAAGCGCGGGGAGGAGGCGGACGAGCCCCGGCCCGCGGCAGAGUCUCGGGAGCGACGGGUCCAGAGGGAGGAGGAGGAGGAGAGGGAGGAGCGGCGGAGGGACGCCCGGAGGCGAGACGCGGCCCUCGGGGAGGAGGAGCCGCUGCUGAGGGAGGAGAGGAAAGAGAAAAGACGUCCCCGCCACAGCGACGCCGAGCUCCGGGAGGACGAGGAGCGGCGGGAACGCGAGGAAGCGCAGAGGCCGCGUCUGCGCGAACGCGACGCAGAAUUCCAGGAGGAGCAGCUGCGCCGCCAGGACCGGGACCGAAAGUUCCGGGAGGAAGAAGAGCAGCGCCGCCAGGAACGGGAGGAGGAGCGGCUGAGGCGCCAGGAACGGGAAGAAGAGAAGCUGCGACGUGGAGAGCAGCAGGUCCGCCGCCUGGACCGUGACAGAAAAUUCCGGGAGGAGGAGCAGCUGAGGCGCCAGGAGAGAGAAGAGCAGCUGAGGCGUCAGGAGAGAGAAGAGGAGCAGCUGAGGCGCCAGGAGAGAGAAGAGGAGCAGCUGAGGCGCCAGGAGAGAGAAGAGGAGCAGCUGAGGCGCCAGGAAAGAGAAGAGCAGCUGAGGCGUCAGGAAAGAGAAGAGCAGCUGAGGCGCCAGGAAAGAGAAGAGCAGCUGAGGCGCCAGGAGAGAGAAGAGGAGCAGCUGAGGCGCCAGGAGAGAGAAGAGGAGCAGCUGAGGCGCCAGGAGAGAGAAGAAGAGCAGCUGAGGCGCCAGGAAAGAGAAGAGGAGCAGCUGAGGCGCCAGGAAAGAGAAGAGCAGCUGAGGCGCCAGGAGAGAGAAGAGGAGCAGCUGAGGCGCCAGGAGAGAGAAGAGCAGCUGAGGCGUCAGGAGAGAGAAGAGGAGCAGCUGAGGCGCCAGGAAAGAGAAGAGCAGCUGAGGCGUCAGGAGAGAGAAGAGGAGCAGCUGAGGCGCCAGGAGAGAGAAGAGCAGCUGAGGCGUCAGGAGAGAGAAGAGGAGCAGCUGAGGCGUCAGGAGAGAGAAGAGCAGCUGAGGCGCCAGGAAAGAGAAGAGGAGCAGCUGAGGCGUCAGGAAAGAGAAGAGCAGCAGCUGAGGCGCCAGGAGAGAGAAGAGCAGCUGAGGCGCCAGGAAAGAGAAGAGGAGCAGCUGAGGCGUCAGGAGAGAGAAGAGGAGCAGCUGAGGCGUCAGGAGAGAGAAGAAGAGCAGCUGAGGCGCCAGGAAAGAGAAGAGCAGCUGAGGCGCCAGGAGCGCGACAGAAAAUCCCGGGAGGAGGAGCAGCUGAGGCGCCAGGAGAGAGAAGAGCAGCUGAGGCGUCAGGAGAGAGAAGAAGAGCAGCUGAGGCGCCAGGAAAGAGAAGAGCAGCAGCUGAGGCGUCAGGAGAGAGAAGAGCAGCUGAGGCGCCAGGAGAGAGAAGAGGAGCAGCUGAGGCGCCAGGAGCGCGACAGAAAAUCCCGGGAGGAGGAGCAGCUGCUCCAGGAAAGGGAGGAAGAGAAGCUGCGCCGCGAGGAACGCGAAAGUAAGUUCCAGGAGCAGGAGGAGCAGCUGAGGCGCCAGGAGCGUGACCGAAAAUCCCGGGAGGAGCAGCAGCUGCGCCGAGAAGAGCAGCAGGUGCGCCGCCAAGAACGGGACCGAAAGCUCCGCGAGGAGGAGGAGCAGCUGCGGCGCGAGGAGCAGCAACUACGCCGCCAAGAACGCGAGCGGCAACUGCGCCAGGAGCGCGACAGGCGGUUCCGGGAAGAGCAAGAGCUCCGCCGGGAACGGGAGGAGCAGCAGCUGCGCCGCCAGGAGCGGGAGCAACAACUUCGCCAGGAGCGCGACAGAAAACUCCGGGAGGAAGAACAGCUCCGCCGGGAACGGGAGGAGGAGCUGCUGCGCCGCGAGAAGCGGGACCGGGAAUUCCGGGAGGAGGAGCAGCAGCUGCGCCAGGAAGAACAAGAGCUCCGCCGGGAACGGGAGAAGGAGCUGCUGCGCCGCGAGAAACGGGACCGGGAAUUCCGGGAGGAAGAGCAGCAGCUGCGCCGGGAGCGCGACCGGCGGUUCCAGGAAGAGCAAGAGCUCCGCCGGGAACGGGAGGAGCAGCAGCUGCGCCGCGAGAAGCGGGACCGGGAAUUCCGGGAGGAAGAGCAGCAGCUGCGCCGGGAACGGGAGGAGCAGCAGCUGCGCCGCGAGAAGCGGGACCGGGAAUUCCGGGAGGAAGAGCAGCAGCUGCGCCGGGAACGGGAGGAGCAGGAGCUACGCCGCGAGAAGCGGGACCGGGAAAUUCGGGAGGAAGAGCAGCAGCUGCGAGAAGAGCAAGAGCUCCGCCGGGAACGGGAGGAGCAGGAGCUGCGCCGCGAGAAGCGGGACCGGGAAUUCCGGGAGGAAGAGCAGCAGCUGCGCCGGGAGCGCGACCGGCGGUUCCAGGAAGAGCAAGAGCUCCGCCGCGAACGGGAGGAGCAGCAGCUGCGCCGGCAGCAGCGCGACCGGAGAUUCCCGGAGGACGAACGCGAGCAGCAGCUGCGCAGGCAGAAACGAGACGGUGAGUACGUGGCGGCGGCCGACGAGCAGUUCACCACGGAGAAGAUUCGCCGUCAGGAGCAAGAAGAGGAGCAGAGGAGACGCCAGGAACGCGAGAGGAAGUUCCGAGAGGAGCAGAUCCGUCGCCAGGACGAGGAGCAGAGGCGCCGCCAGCUCCUGGAGCCCGGCACCAGCCAGUUCGCCAGCGCUCCCGUGCGUUCCAGUCCGCUCUAUGAGUACAUCCAAGAGCAGAGGUCUCAGUACCGCCCUUGAGGGAUGCUACCAGCGUCCUGACACCUGCCCAAGCUUCAAGCCAGUGUGUGCCGAGGCGCAACUCGCGUGUUUCUGGUGGUGGGGAAACUCUCUGAUGUUAGCAUGUAUGUCUUUUCUUCCCAAAACUUUAAACUGCGACCCGUUUCAUGACUUUCUGUUCCUCCCUUUCAUUCUUUUCCCAGUUCUUUAUCACAAGAUGUCUUUGCACUCUGGUGCAGACCUAAGUGCGCAGUGUUUUUAAAAACGGAAUAAUAGGUCUUUUAAGGAGCGCGUUGUUUGGGGGAGCACUUUGUUGGAUUGCCUUCAGAAGUAACAGGAGUACUGCAAAAGAAUGAAGUCUCUUGUUUUGCCUGGUCUACCAUCUUGUGGAGAAUUCACCUUUUUUUUAAGAUUGAAGUUGACCCCCCCCCCCCUUAAGCUUAAAUCUUAUUAGUAUUUGCCUCCAAGUAGCUUUCAGUUUUGUGGCAUAAUCAUCACAGAUUCCAACGGUGGCUCAACCCUCAGAUAAUGAAGAGAGUAACUUCUAUAAAGAGAAACGUCCCUAUGAAAUCAGCCCAUAACUGGAAGAAACAUCUGUUAAUGAUACUUAGCCCUGAAUAUUUAGAAUUUGGCAUUCAAGAUUUUUAGACUUAAAAGCUCAAGGGAGGGAGGUGUUCCUCAAACUUAAGAACUCAAUUCUUAAAACUGCCUCCUGUAAUUUGUACUGCUCUCUUCUACUCCUCCCAGACCAGUUUUGAUGAAUUUGAAAGUAAUACUUUUGUUCAUUUUGGCUUAGAAUCAAGCUCCUGUGAUAUCUAUCUGUCUUGCUCUGAGGCCAAUGAGAGUUCACAGAGAGUGUUGGGGAAGGAGUGGGGGGAGUGUAUAAACGGGCAAAAUUCUAAAGGUCCUUUGGCCUCUAUACCUACAACUCAUCUGCCCCUAAUCUUUAGAGACCCUUAUGCUAUCUUGAAGACAUUCUUGUGGAAGUAACUGGACUGUGUGGGGAAAAAAAAAUCAAUAAAUG